GGCCUUAAAUAGAGGAGCGGCCUGAGGCGCGCGCGGGCCUGGGGACGGGACCCGCCGGAGGGUCUCGGACCGCCGCGCUCGCCCGCCAGCCCGCCCGUGGUCCCCGGCGGCGCGCUCCAGCCGGCACGGGGAGGCGCGGGGCGCACCAUGGCCGCAGACACGCCGGGGAAGCCGAGCGCCUCGCCGAUGGCAGGAGCGCCGGCCAGCGCCAGCCGGACCCCAGACAAGCCCCGGAGCGCGGCCGAGCACCGCAAGUCCUCCAAGCCAGUCAUGGAGAAGCGGCGCCGAGCGCGCAUUAACGAGAGUCUCGCUCAGCUCAAAACCCUCAUCCUGGACGCCCUCAGAAAAGAGAGCUCCCGCCACUCGAAGCUGGAGAAGGCGGACAUCCUGGAGAUGACCGUGAGACACCUGCGGAGCCUGCGUCGCUUGCAAGUGACGGCCGCGCUCAGCGCCGACCCCGCCGUCCUGGGCAAGUACCGCGCCGGCUUCCACGAGUGUCUGGCGGAGGUGAACCGCUUCCUGGCCGACUGCGAGGGCGUCCCGGCCGACGUGCGCUCCCGCCUGCUGGGCCACCUGGCAGCCUGCCUGCGCCAGCUGGGGCCCUCCCGCCGCCCGGCCUCGCUGCUCCCGGCUGCCCCCGCAGAGGCCCCUGCGCCCGAGGUCUACGCGGGCCGCCCGCUGCUGCCGUCGCUCGGCGGCCCCUUCCCCCUGCUCGCGCCGCCGCUGCUGCCUGGUCUGACCGCGGCGCUGCCCGCCGCCCCCAGGGCAGGGCCGCAGAGCCAGAGCGGACCCUGGAGGCCGUGGCUGCGCUGAGGCUGCGGCCCUGGGACUGCAUCGGAGGCGGCGCCCCGUUCUAGGGCCGCGGCCUUUGCCGAGACUGUAGCAGAGAAUACGUAUUUAUUAUUCCAGA